GCAGGGCUGCCCGCAGACAAGGGCUGGGCCUUAGGUGGUUCUGGGACCCCGGGCGGCAACGUGGCUUUCUCAAGCCUCAUGCCUGUCUCCUCUUCUGCUUCCUCCCUGCCUGGAUCCACCCUCCUGACAAGAGCACAGCUUUGUUUAUCUUCUGCUUCCCCUGUCCUCACCGCUCAGUCAGUCGAGGGAGUGACCCUUGUUUAGGCUGGCGUUGCAGGGGAGGGGUCCAGUCGCUGCCUGGACCUUUCCCUUCCUCUCUCUUGUCUUCCUUCCUGCCCAUUUCCCCACUGCCUCCUCCUGGGCGGGAGCAGGUAGCUGGGGCUGGCGUAGAGUGAGGAACAGGACGCGUGCCCGAGAGCUACUUCUCAUGGACGAGGAGAGUAGUCGGGGUCCUUGGUGAAUUUUGUCAUGGUUAUUUAAGGAACCUCGCCUAGAAGUCCCAACACGCAGUUCCCCAUCGACGGGAAGGCUUGGACUCCAAGAUGAUUAUAAAGGAAUAUCGGAUUCCUCUGCCCAUGACCGUGGAGGAGUACCGCAUCGCCCAGCUAUACAUGAUACAGAAGAAGAGCCGUAAUGAGACGUAUGGCCAAGGUAGCGGAGUGGAGAUCUUGGAGAACCGGCCAUACACGGAUGGCCCCGGCGGCUCUGGACAGUACACGCACAAGGUGUACCAUGUGGGCAUGCACAUCCCCAGCUGGUUCCGCUCCAUCCUGCCCAAAGCGGCCCUGAGGGUGGUGGAGGAGUCCUGGAAUGCCUACCCCUACACCCGAACCAGGUUCACGUGCCCCUUUGUGGAGAAAUUCUCCAUCGACAUCGAAACCUUUUAUAAAACCGAUGCUGGAGAAAACCCUAAUGUGUUCAGCCUGUCUCCUGUGGAGAAGAGCCAGCUGACAAUCGACUUCAUCGACAUUGUCAAGGACCCCGUACCCCCCAGUGAGUAUAAGACAGAAGAGGACCCCAAGCUAUUCCACUCGAUCAAGACACAGCGGGGGCCGCUGUCUGACAACUGGAUCGAAGAGUACAAGCAGCAGGUUUUCCCCAUCAUGUGCGCCUACAAGCUCUGUAAGGUCGAGUUCCGCUACUGGGGCAUGCAGUCCAAGAUCGAGAGGUUCAUCCACGACACGGGCCUGCGGAAGGUGAUGGUCAGGGCCCACCGGCAGGCCUGGUGCUGGCAGGACGAAUGGUACGGGCUCAACAUGGAGAACAUCCGGGAGCUGGAGAAGGAGGCACAGCUCAUGCUGUCCCGCAAGAUGGCCCGGUUCAAUGAGGAUGACGAGGAGGCUGUGCAGCUGGCCAAGGACGAAGCCAUCCAGGUCCAGGUCGCUGGGGAGCCCGCCCAGCCCAGCAGCAGCAGCAGCAGCAGCGGGGAACCCCUGGCGGGCCGGGGUCUCAAAAAGCAGUGGUCCACAUCCUCCAAGUCUUCGAGGUCGUCCAAGCGGGGAGGGGAACUGAAGGGGCUCGCUCCCGGAAAGACCCAGGUCAAAGGCACAGGAGCAGACCCAGCCAGCCCUUCCCGCCACAGCAUCUCCGAGUGGAGGAUGCAGAGCAUCGCCCGGGACUCGGACGAAGGCUCGGAAGAUGAGUACUUCGACGCUCAUGAGGACCUGUCCGAUUCAGAGGAAAUAUUCCCCAAGGACAUCACCAAAUGGAACUCCAAUGACCUCAUGGACAAAAUUGAAAGCCCUGAGCCAGAGGACACACAGGACGGUCUGUACCGGCAGAGUGCCCCCGAGUUCAGGGUGGCCUCCAGUGUGGAGCAGCUGAACAUCAUCGAGGACGAGGUCAGCCCACCCCUGGCUGCGCCAGCCUCCAAGAUCCACGUGCUGCUCCUGCUGCUGCAUGGAGGCACCAUCCUGGACACGGGUGCCGGGGACCCCAGCUCCAAGCAGGGCGACGCCAACACCAUCGCCACCGUGUUCGACACCGUCAUGCGUGUGCACUACCCCAGCGCCCUGGGCCACCUCGCCAUCCGCCUGGUGCCCUGCCCGCCCAUCUGCUCUGAUGCCUUUGCCCUCGUCUCCAACCUUAGCCCCUACAGCCACGAUGAAGGCUGUCUGUCCAGCAGCCAGGACCACAUCCCCCUGGCCGCCCUGCCCCUGCUGGCCACCUCCUCACCCCAGUACCAGGAGGCGAUUGCCACGGUGAUUCAGCGGGCCAACCUUGCCUACGGGGACUUCAUCAAGUCCCAGGAGGGCAUGACCUUCAACGGGCAGAUCUGCCUGAUUGGGGACUGCGUCGGGGGCAUCCUGGCCUUCGAUGCCUUAUGCUACAGCAAUCAGCCAGUGUCUGAGAGUCAGAGCAGCAGCCGCCGGGGCAGCGUGGCCAGCAUGCAGGACACUGACCUGCUGUCCCCGGGCACCCUGGUCAAUGCGGCACAUGGCGGCAGUGGCAGCGGUGGCCUGGAGAGCAGCCGGCACCUGAGCCGCAGCAACAUCGAUAUCCCCCGAAGCAAUGGUGUCGAAGACCCCAAAAGACAGUUGCCCCGAAAGAGGAGUGACUCGUCCACCUAUGAGCUGGACACCAUCCAGCAGCACCAGGCCUUCCUGUCCAGCCUCCACGCCAGCGUGCUGAGGAACGAGCCCAGCUCCCGCCACUCGAGCAGCUCCACCAUGCUGGACGGCACAGGGGCCGCGGGGAAGUUUGACUUUGAGAUCGCAGACCUCUUCCUGUUCGGGUGCCCGCUGGGGCUGGUCCUGGCCUUGAGGAAGACUGUCAUCCCUGCCCUGGAUGUUUUCCAGCUGCGGCCAGCCUGCCAGCAAGUCUAUAACCUCUUCCACCCCGCGGACCCGUCGGCCUCCCGCCUGGAGCCGCUGCUGGAGCGGAGGUUCCACGCCCUGCCGCCUUUCAGCAUCCCCCGCUACCAGCGCUACCCGCUGGGGGACGGCUGCUCCACGCUGCUGGUUGAGACAGUGCAGAGAAACCCCGAGCUGGUCCUAGAGGGUGGGCCCCUGGCCCCUCUCCCCCCAGGAGACGGCUUCCUGGAAACCAGUAUCCCCGUUCCCGCGCUCACCUGCCAAGACGGGCCCCGCCCGAGCCCGGACUGUGCUGAGUCGGACGCACUCCAGACCCACAGCACAGUCUUUCAAGAGCACGCAGCCCCCUCCUCGCCCGGCACAGCCCCCGCCACCCGAGGCUUCCGCCGAGCCAGUGAGAUCAGCAUUGCCAGCCAGGUGUCGGGCAUGGCCGAGAGCUACACAGCAUCCAGCAUUGCCCAGAAGGCCCCAGGGUCGCUCAGCCAUACCCCCAGCGUCAGGCGCCUGUCUCUGCUCGCUCUGCCCUCCCCACCCCCCUCUACCCUGGGCCCCCACCCACAGGCCCAGCAGGGGAGCCCCAGCCUGGAGUGGGCCCCCCACCUCCCCGACUUGGACAUCAGAGAAGUUGCAGCCAAGUGGUGGGGCCAGAAGCGGAUCGACUACGCCCUGUACUGCCCUGACGCACUGACAGCCUUCCCCACCGUGGCCCUGCCCCACCUCUUCCACGCCAGCUACUGGGAGUCAACGGAUGUAGUCUCCUUCCUGCUGAGACAGGUCAUGAGGCAUGACAAUUCCAGCAUCUUGGAGCUGGACGGCAAAGAGGUUUCCGUGUUCACCCCCUCCAAGCCGAGAGAAAAGUGGCAGCGCAAGAGGACCCACGUGAAGCUGCGGAACGUGACCGCCAACCACCGGAUCAAUGAUGCAGUCGCCAACGAGGACGGCCCGCAGGUUCUGACGGGCCGGUUCAUGUAUGGGCCCCUGGACAUGGUCACCCUGACUGGGGAGAAGGUGGAUGUGCACAUCAUGAUGCAGCCGCCCUCGGGCGAGUGGCUCUACCUAGACACGCUGGUGACCAACAGCAGCGGGCGGGUCUCCUACACCAUCCCAGAGACCCACCGCCUGGGUGUGGGUGUCUACCCCAUCAAGAUGGUGGUCAGGGGAGACCACACGUUUGCCGACAGCUACAUCACCGUGCUGCCCAAGGGCACGGAGUUCGUGGUCUUCAGUAUCGAUGGCUCCUUUGCUGCCAGCGUGUCCAUCAUGGGCAGCGACCCAAAAGUGCGGGCCGGGGCCGUGGACGUGGUGCGGCACUGGCAGGACCUGGGCUACCUCAUCAUCUACGUGACUGGCCGGCCUGACAUGCAGAAGCAGCGGGUGGUGGCGUGGCUGGCCCAGCACAACUUCCCCCACGGCGUGGUGUCCUUCUGUGACGGCCUGGUGCACGACCCGCUGAGGCACAAGGCCAACUUCCUGAAGCUGCUCAUCUCCGAGCUGCACCUGCGCGUGCACGCGGCCUACGGCUCCACCAAGGACGUGGCGGUCUACAGCUCCAUCAGCCUGUCCCCCAUGCAGAUCUACAUCGUCGGCCGGCCCACCAAGAAGCUGCAGCAGCAGUGCCAGUUCAUCACGGACGGCUACGCGGCGCACCUCGCCCAGCUCAAGUACAACCACCGGGCGCGGCCAGCCCGCAAUGCGGCCACCCGCAUGGCACUGCGAAAAGGCAGCUUUGGCCUGCCUGGCCAGGGAGACUUCCUGCGCUCCCGGAACCACCUGCUCCGCACCAUCUCGGCCCAGCCCAGCGGGCCCGGCCACCGGCAGGAGCGGACACAGAACCAGGCGGACGUCGAGCAGCGGGGACAACGCAGCAUGAGCGUAGCGGCCGGCUGUUGGGGCCGCACCAUGGCCGGCCGGCUUGAGCCAGGGGCAGCCGCGGGCCCCAAGUAGGACACCGUUAGCGAGGCCUUGUGGUCUCCGUGGUGCUAGGCCAGGGCGGCCAGCCCCGCCAGGAGGCCUGGCCUGGGCACACAAUGUCGGCUGGAGACAAGCUUGUCCCAGGGCCUGGCGGAGGACAUAGGCCGUGCCACACAGCCCUCCCAGCCCUGCCUCAUGUCCUAGGGUCUGAGGGGUUCCAGCUUGCAGGAAAACCUGUCCCAGGAUGACAGAGGGACCAGGACUCCCCACGUGGACUGGCCCGAAAGGCACUCCCAGACACUUGCCCUGCAUUGACCUCCCAGCAUCCUGGGCCCAGGCCCCGCCUGCCACCUCCCAUCCACUAGCUCACCCUGACCCCCAGGUCCCCUCCCACUUGGUAGCAACUCCGAUGGGGGGACAGCCUGCUUCUUGUUAACUCUAGUUACUCAACUGUUCAACCUCACUGGUCUUGCACUGAUUUUUGAGAGUGGAGAUCCAUUACCGUCUCCUGUGGCUACAGACUCGUGGACAUGCAUGAAAAUCCAACGUUUGCUCAUCUGGGACCUAUUGCCACACAGAAGGCUCCAGGGUGGCAAAUCCUUGUGCAAGCAGGAAGAGAAAGGCCAUAUCUUAAUUUCUGCAGCUCCGCCUGGCCCGCCAACGCUGUGGCAGCCCCGGAUCCCUACCUAUCUGUCCACCUGCCCCACCUGGAACCCAGUCUGGCAGUGAGGCUGGUGAGGCCCAGAGCCGGCUCCCGAGAAGCCACGCCUCGGGCUCCUGGGCCUGGCCAGGCCCGGCCUCCUCUUCCACUCCUCGCCUGCCAUCAGUCAAGGCCACGUGCCUCGGCUCUCCUGCGUUUCUACACCUUUCUACUUAUCCAGUCUGAUUUCUAUGAGGUUUUUUUAAAUGAGCAAUCCUUGGCUGCUUCCUUUUCUUAACUCUUUCAGUACCAAGCGCAGCCCCUCCACAUGAAAACACCCAGCACUGUGAUGGAGUCCAGCCUGGUUCUGGGUCCCGGGGCCCUGCCCCCUGCCCACGCAGUGAGGUGUGGGGUCCCUGCCUCACCUGACCCCCAUUAAUUCCACUGAAUUUCUACUCUGGGGUGAAUGGGCACACACUUAAGUUUUUUUAAUGCCAAUUCCGUUUUGAUGCCGAAUCUAAGAAGCCACAAUUUGCUUCGUUAGCUUAAGGGCGGGCAGCCACGACUUCAUUCCCCACCUGUCAAGGACCACGAUGUCCUGCACGCUGGGUCUGAGCAUCAGCCCUCCCUCCCCAGAACCGACCACGAUCUCAGCUAUGGCGCUCGGCUCCGGGCGGCCCUUCGACUGCUCCUCUACCUUCUUCUACAAGGCGGGGGAGCCUGCCUGGCCAGGCUCCCACUCUGAGAAGCUGCUGCCAACCUGGAUACGGCCUCAGGGCCUCAUAGGCUGGGAUGGGGAGGCACGCAGAUUGAUGUUCACAUUUUCCCGUGUGUAGAUAUGUACAGCCAAAGGGUUGUGUAAAUGUUCUGCAAAAGUGGGUCUAUACAGAGUGAAAGCUAUUUAUUUUGCGCAGAGAAAAAUUUCUGGAGGAAUAGGACCUUCAGGGUUUGUUCAUAUUUAAGAUGUAGCUUUUUGUUUUUGUUUCAGGCGUUCUGUAUAAAGCAACGAUUAUUUUAUGGACCAAGUUUUAAUGUAAGUGUUGCAAUGAAAGUGCAAUAUCUGACCCCCACUCUGCUCCCCGGCGGGAAAUCGCUUGGCCCGACAAUCACAGCCCCAGCGAGGGGCCCCUGUGGCCAGUGCCUCCUUCUCUGUCGGUCCCACCUCACCCCAUCUUGCCUACUGCCUCGGUGACCAGCCAUCUGGAGAAGCACCUGGAAGAGCCUUGGGCCCCCCUGCAAUACAGGCUGGGAGGCCUCCUGGCCCGGGGAGGCCAUGUGGGCAGUGGGCUCGGCCUCUCCCAGGGGGCAGCUCCCCCAGGCUCCGCACUCCCUGCCUGCCUGCCCAGCCGCCAGCCAUGCCAAGGACAACAGCAAUAGUCCCCUGGGCCUCUCCCAGUGGCCCUUAGCCAUAGAUGGUGAGAUGGGCAGCCCCCCCUCCCCGUUGACAUCUCUCUUCUGUAUCCAGGUCUGCUUCCUGCCUCCCUUAAGAUUCCUUUUGGCACAUUCUCCUCUUAAGGAAGCACCGGUUUUUCAGAAACUAAGAGAGGGAGGGCAGAGUCCUUUAAAAAUACCAAAAAUGUUUACAGUGUUGGGUGCUGAGCUGCAGGGCUCAGGCCUGACCAGUCGCAACCAAAGGGUGAGGCAGGCCUUGCUGACUGCCACCCCCACCCCAGGCCUGUUAGAGUAGAAGCCUUAGUCCCACUCCCAACCCCACACUGAGCCUCCGCCCACCACCCCAGAUCCAACCGCCUGCCUUCUCUUUGAUUUCUAAAGACGGAUUCAGCAGAGACCCCACCCCCAACUUUCCCAGCUCUUUAUGAGCUGCCCCUCCACCACCCCACUCCCCACGCCCCCCCACCCCACCUCGUUACUUUUCUCGUCUCGGCCCCUCCUGUCUCUCUGUCUGGGCCAUGUGUGAGCCGUGUCCUGACUCGCCCCAUCCGCCCCUGCUUUCCCUGCACCUUUGGGCCUGAGUGUGCUCUGUAUACAGUGUCGUUGUCUGUUACACCAAUUAAAGAAGCAGGAAGGCUUC